AUGAAGUAUCCAAAACGUUUUUUAUUUUUAUGUUGUAUUUCUAUUAUAACAACUAUAUUCUAUUUAUUAUAUGGUAGUAGCUAUUCAACUGCUUUACAAUCAAUACCGAUACCUUUUACAUUAUUAUAUUUUUCUGAUAUAAUUCCUUUUUCAUCAUCUUCUCAUGUUAAGAGAUCAAAAAAGUUUUCGACAAUUAAUCUCAACGAUUCACAGCCAUUAUUUCAAUCUCAUUUAUAUUCUCAUUAUCCAUAUUUACCUAUUCAUAUUUAUACACAAAAUUUGACAUCAUUAAAAAAUAUAUCAAAACUUAUUUUAUUAGGCAAUGGAAUUUUUGGAGAUCGAAAAUGGGGUUUAUCUUCAAUUGGACAAUCGUCAACUAAACUAAUGACUGAACUUUCAUGUCCAUUUUUAUCAAAUUAUUGUGAAGUAACAGACAAUAAAACUCUAUUUCCUGAAGCAGAUGCUGUAGUUUAUCAUAUGCGUGAUGAUAUUAAUCUACGAGAAGCCAGAAGAUAUCGUCAACCAGAACAACGUUUUGUAUUUGCUCUUUGGGAAUCACCAACACAUACACCUAACUUAAAAUCUUAUAAAAAGUUUUUUAAUUGGACAAUGACAUAUCGAUUUAAAUCUCAUAUUAUCGCACCAUAUUAUUCUAGUAAUGCUUAUAUACAUACAUCAAGUGAUUAUUAUAAAUUUUUAAUACAAGAAAAUAUAACAAAAAAUCUUAAUUUACAAUUUCAAAAACCUAUUUAUCGACCAUCUGAUUCAAUAUUAGACGAAAAAAAAUUAGGUACAAUUGCUGCAUUAAUCUCAAAUCCAGGAGGUAGUAGUGGACGUCUUAUGUUUAUAAAACAUUUAAAACGUUAUAUUGAUAUAAAAGUAUAUGGCAGACAAGGUGAAGCAUGUCCUACAAAUGUUAAUUGUAUGAAAUUUAUUUCAAAAAAUUAUUAUUUUUUUCUUAGUUUCGAAAAUAGUCUCUGUAGAGAUUAUACAACUGAAAAAUUUUUUACGCCAAUUAAAUAUCCAAUUGUACCGAUUGUUCUUGGUCGAACAAAUUAUUCUUAUUUUAUUCCAUCAUCAGGUUUUAUAGAUACAAAUGAUUAUACGAAUUUAAGUUCUUUAGCUCAAUAUAUUAAGGAAAUUCGUCAGGAUAAAGAAAAAUAUUUAUCAUUUUUCUCUUGGAAAGAAAAUUAUGUAUGGGGUAUAAGUGGAUUUCUCACACCUCUUUGUGAUCUUUGUUUACGUUUACAUCUUGAUUCAAAACCAAAUGUUAUCGAUGAUAUAAGUGCCUGGUGGAAUGAUGAUGCAUGUACAAGACCACGAAAAUUUAAACGAUUGUAA